AUGUCGCGACGAAUCCUCCACGUCGUCCGCGCGCGCGGCGCGAGCGUCGCCCGCGCGCUGCGUCUGGAGGAGGGGUUAUUCCGACACGUCGAUCUCGCUCGAUCGGAGUGGUUGACGCUCGUCGACGGCGUCGAUCGAGAGACGGUGGUGCUCGGGACGUCGAGCGAUGUCCAACGCUUGGUGGAUGAAAACGAACGAACGCGGCGUCGAUGCGGACUCGUGCGACGGUUCUCGGGCGGUGGGACGGUGCUGUGCGAUGCGAACACGCUGCUGAUUGGAAUGGUGAUGCGUAACGGUGGGAGCUUGGUGCUGGGAGGUGAUGAGACGACGCGGGCGUAUCCGAGAGACGUGAUGCGGGCGACGGGCGACGCGGUGUACGGCGAGGUGUUCGAUCGGUGCGGAACGUUCGCGACGCGGGAGAACGAUUACGUGUUCGGGGAGGCGAAGUUCGGGGGGAACGCGCAGGCGAUGACGCGCGGGCGGUUUUUGCAUCACACGUCGUUUCUGUACGACUACGACGCGCGCGCGAUGGCGUCGGUUUUGAAGACGCCGGAACGCGCGCCCGAGUACAGGCGCGGUCGCUCGCACGGGGAGUUCGUGACGCGAUUGCGAGAACGAGGGUACGGUAGGGAUGAGGUGUUCGCGCGCGUGCGGUGGGCGAUGGAGCGAUUGGGGUACGAGCUCGUGGACGUCGAUUUAGAGGACGCCGAGCGCGUGGUGGAGGACGCCGUGCGACGCGAGGGUAAAAAACGAUGGGACACCGUCAAGGUUUUGGGAUGA